GUGGCUCACCCAGCAGGAAGAGAGCUACUUCUCCCUUCCAACGCCGGCCCGCUGGGCUUCCUGACCCCGAUCUUCUCUGACUGGUCUUUAGAGGCUGACCUCCCUCCACCGCGGGCUGGAUCCCGGCAGACAAGGCGGCGCAUGCAGGCCGGGGUGUGUCAAACCUCUUUCCCAGCCUCCGGGAUACUUAAAGCGGACGAGCGCCGAACUUGACGCCGCCGGGCACGAAGGGAUCCGGAGUCGACUUGGAGAGCCCAGCCACCAUGUCUGCGCUCAAAGUCUGCAUUAUCGGUUCCGGGAACUGGGGAACUGCCAUUGCAAAAAUCAUAGGCAAAAAUACUGAGAAAUCCCUCAAAUUCCACCCUACUGUAAAUAUGUGGGUAUUUGAAGAGCAAAUCGAUGGGCGAAAACUCACAGAAAUAAUUAACCAAGACCAUGAGAAUGUGAAGUAUCUCCCCGGUCAUAAGCUACCUCAUAACGUGGUUGCUGUAGCAGACCCAGCAGAAACAGUAAAUGGUGCAGACAUUAUAAUAUUUGUUAUACCUCAUCAGUUCAUUCCUAAAAUCUGUCAGCAGCUAACUGGCCAUGUAAAGAAAGGAGCCAUUGGAAUUUCGCUAAUUAAGGGCAUAGAUGAAGGCCCUAAAGGACUGAAACUCAUAUCGGACAUCAUUCGAGAGAAGCUGGAAAUAGAAGUCAGUGUACUCAUGGGAGCCAACAUCGCCAACGAAGUGGCAGAUGAAAAGUUCUGUGAAACCACCAUUGGUUGCAAAAAUGCUGAAAGUGGGAAGAUAUAUAAAGAGUUGUUGCAAACUCCAAAUUUCAGAAUUACUGUGGUAGAUGACUGUGACACCGUGGAGCUCUGUGGAGCCUUAAAAAAUAUCGUUGCCGUAGGGGCUGGUUUUUGUGAUGGGUUGGGCCAAGGUGACAAUACCAAGGCAGCUGUGAUUCGUCUGGGCCUAAUGGAAAUGAUUGCCUUUGCUAAACUCUUUUGCAAAGGCCCCGUAGUAAUAAAUACAUUUCUGGAAAGUUGUGGUGUUGCUGAUCUGAUUACCACAUGCUACGGGGGACGCAACAGGAAGGUGGCUGAAGCUUUUGCACGUGGUGGAAAAACAAUUGAACAGCUAGAAAAAGAAAUGUUGAAUGGGCAAAAGCUACAAGGGCCUCAAACAUCUGCUGAAGUCUACAAAAUCCUGAAGCAGAAGAAAAUGGUUGACAAGUUUCCAUUAUUUGUAAACGUCUACCUGAUCUGCUAUGAAGGGAAGUCUAUCAAAGAGUUCAUCACUUGUUUGCAGAGUCAUCCGGAACACAUGUAAGAUAGUGUUGUGACUUGCCAAUUAAGUAUCUCUGCACGAGGAUUCUGUCAGUUUGACCAUGCUGAAUAAAAGCAAGCAAAACAAUA